ACUGCAUCAGACAGAGAGUCAGAGGGCAGGUGCAGAUGCACAGAGAAUGUGUCCUGUGUUGCUAUUGGUGGCUGUAAUAGUAGUGGACGUGGCCAGAGGAGCUGAAAGUCAAUGCUGGGACCAUCCCGUCUGUCAGGAGGUCAACUCAGAGAGGAGCAUGAUGGAGUGUAUUCAGCUUUGCCACUAUGAAAACAACGAGAAGCCCAUCAUCCCUGGUGAUGCCCACCUGCAGCCUCCUCCCCCAUCGGGCCCUCUUUCUCUUUUACCUUUCCCUCCGCCCUUCUUCUCCUCUCCUCAGGCCAAACGCUCCUACUCCAUGGAGCAUUUCCGCUGGGGGAAGCCUGUUGGGCGAAAACGCCGCCCGAUUAAAAUCUAUACCACCAACGGUCUGGAGGAGGAGUCGGCGGAGCUUUUCCCCGGUGAGAUGAAAAAGCGGGAGCUCGCUGGUGAGAUGAUGACGAUGGACGAUAACGAGGGGAAGUUAGCAGAGGGGGGCCAGGAGGAGGUGCCAGAUGACAGCCAUGAGAAAAAAGAUGAAAUGUACAAGAUGAAGCACUUUCGCUGGGGCGGCCUGCCGGCAAGCAAGCGUUACGGCGGGUUCAUGAAGAGCUGGGACGAGCGCAGCCAGAGGCCGCUGAUCACGCUCUUCAAAAACGUCAUCAACAAAGAAGCCCAGGAGGAGAAGAGGGAGCAGUGAGGAGGGAGAACAGAGGGAGGGAUGGAGAGAAGACGAGCAGACAGAAAAGUUUUAUUCACAACUGCAAACAAGUCCUGUGACUAAAUACAAGAUGUG